AUGGGCAAUUGCGUCUCCGCACGGCACCAUGAAAGAGAAGGAAAGGUUCGGUCUGAUGCUAUCGACCGUCAGAUAGAAGAGGACUCUACAAAGUUUAGGAAGGAGUGUAAGAUACUUCUUCUCGGGUCUGGCGGAUCUGGAAAGUCGACAAUAGUCAAGCAGAUGAAAAUAAUUCAUCAGAAUGGCUUCACUAAUAACGAACUCAUGACGUUCCGUUCGACAAUAUAUCGGAAUACUCUCGACUCCGUGCAAGCCAUUGUCUUACAGAUGCGUAACAUGAAUGUGGUGUGUGUAACGCCUGCGAAUCAGACAUUUGCCGAACGCAUCAUUGAAUACAGGGUUGAGAGUACUCCCAAUUUUGUUUUCUCCACAGAUAUUGCACAAGCCAUUCAUAGCUUAUGGCAAGAUCCUAUCAUUCCCAAGGUGAUGGACGGUUCGAGCCAGUUCUAUCUAAUGGACUCAGCUACAUACUAUUUUACGGAAGUGCUCCGUAUAGGUACUCCCGACUAUACCCCAACAGAAAAUGAUGUACUGCGAGCUCGAGCAAAGACAAUCGGCAUCACUGAAACGCGGUUUAACAUGGGACAGCUCUCCAUCCAUAUGUUCGACGUUGGCGGCCACCGCUCAGAACGGAAAAAGUGGAUACAUUGUUUCGAAUCUGUAACAAGCAUCAUUUUCUGCACGGCAUUAUCGGAAUACAACCAAGUACUGUUGGAAGAGAAGAACCAGAAUCGCAUGCAAGAUUCGCUUAACCUAUUUGAGUCGAUAAUCAACUCCCGUUGGUUCCUGAGAACUUCUGUCAUAUUAUUAUUGAACAAGAUUGAUGUUUUCAAGAACAAGGUACCAAAGGUUCCAGUCCAAAACUAUUUCUCGGAUUAUGCAGGCGGCCCAGACAUCAACAAAGCGGCGAAAUAUAUUCUAUGGAAGUUCAUGCAGGCCAACCGGGCGCACCUGAGAGUCUAUCCCUACUUGACACAAGCUACUGAUACGACGAACAUCAGAUUCGUCUUCGCUGCAGUCAAGGAGACGAUCCUACAUAAUGCUCUCAAAGACUCAGGUAUUCUGUGA